GGUUGAUUUUCAUUUUAAUACAUACCAGUGAAGAUGACACCAAAACAUGAAAAACAAGAAUUUGUAACUGUCUUGGUGCGAGACCCCAGGACACAGAAAGAAGACUCAUGGCAUUCUUACAUAGACUAUGAGAUAUUUAUUCACACAAACAGUAUGUGCUUUACAAGGAAAACAUCCUGUGUUAGACGACGCUUUCGAGAAUUUGUUUGGCUUCGGCAGAGGCUUCAGAGCAACGCAGUGCUUAUACAGCUACCUGAACUGCCAUCUAAAACGCCCUUUUUCAACAUGAACAAUCCUCAUCACGUGGACCAUCGCCGGCAGGGUCUGCAAGAAUUCCUGGAAAAGAUCCUACAAGAUGCGUUAUUGCUUUCAGACAGUAGGCUUCACCUCUUCUUACAGACUCAGCUAAGCCCAGAAGAUAUGGAGGCUUGCGUAUCUGGACAGACCAAAUACUCUGUUGCUGAUGCGAUUCAUAAGUUCGCCUCUUUGAACAGACGCUUUCCUAUAGAAGAUGAAGAGAGAAAAAAAGGAAAAAACGAUGCGGACUCUGAUUCAGAGAGUUCAUCCUCCGGGCUCAGACCUAGUGAUGACAGCAUUUCAUGUGGAUGUAAAGCAAGCCCAGCUUCUGAAGAAUCAUGAAAAAUCAUUCCUGUAUUGCUAUCUUAAGGACAGUACAAAGCAGUUUCUGCUCUAUUUACUGGUUACGUGUGCCACACAAACGCGGCUGGCUGCUAACACGUACCUAAAAGACGCGUCAUCAAUACAACCACAUGUCCUUAAAAAAAAUUUCCGAACAGACCUUGAUACUAUUUCUUUGUCGAUUUACUAUGUAUGUUGAUUCAGGUUUACACGCUGCCUAUUACAUUUAGGGUUUUGUGACUGUUAAAAUCUCAGUAUUGGGCGAGUCAUGCU